AAAUCUAAGGAUGAGUCAAUUAGUCAGCAAACAGAUGAAAUUUACCUUUCCUUUCUUCAUUUCUUUCUUGCUCCUCUUGUUUUCAGGGCUUAUUGAUGGAAGGAAGGACAUGGGAGACUACUGGAAGAGCAUAAUGAAAGGCCAACCUAUGCCAGAGGCAAUCAAAGGCUUUAUUCAUCAAGAUCCAGCAUCAUUCUCAUCAAAGGCAAGAAAAAUGGACCAUUUUGUUAGGGAUUUUGAUGCCAGGCCUAAUAGUAUUAUAUAUCAUGGCCAUGUUGAGCGCAAGGGAGAGAAGCCUCUUGGUGUGGAGAUGAAGCCUGAGCUGAACAAAGAGAAGUUCUUCGUGGAGCCUGUAAACCUGAGGGUGAAUUUUCAUAAGCAUGGUCAUGAUCAGAAAGAGUAUAAUAACUAGGGUUCAUGCUUGUACAUCAAUUAAUCCACUAGCCUGUUUGCUGUUGGAAGUCUGAAUAUUUUUUUUCUCUUUCAGUUUUUGGAUUUUCUGUCUGUUGUUGGUUAUGGCUGGUUUAAGUGUUUGGAUGUCUUGAAAAGACUAGAAAAUAUAAUAGUAGAAAAGGUUAACUACUGAGAAAAGCUUACAAUAACAUUCUGUA